CACGAAGCACAUUUUCUUUUGGUUGAGUCCGUCGGCCAUUUCGCAGCCCGAAAAUGGCUUUCGUGAAAGUAGUGAAGAAUAAGCAGUACUUCAAGCGGUUCCAAGUUAAAUUCAAGAGGCGCAGGCAAGGUAAAACCGAUUACUACGCGCGUAAACGACUCAUUGUUCAAUGCAAGAACAAAUACAACACCCCCAAGUACCGCUUGAUUGUCCGUCUGUCCAACAAAGACAUCACGUGUCAGGUGGCUUACUCCAGGAUCGAAGGUGAUAAAAUCGUGUGUGCCGCAUAUUCCCACGAAUUGCCGAAAUAUGGCGUUAAAGUGGGUCUUACUAAUUAUUCGGCCGCUUAUUGCACCGGUCUCUUGUUGGCACGUCGUCUCCUGAAACAGUUGGGAUUGGAUAACCUCUACCAAGGAACCACCGAUGUCACCGGUGAUGAAUACAACGUUGAAGCCGCCGAAGACGGCCCAGGAGCUUUCAGGUGUUACCUAGAUACUGGUCUAAACAGGACCUCGACUGGUGCCAGAGUUUUCGCCGCCAUGAAGGGAGCUGUAGAUGGAGGUUUGAACAUUCCCCACUCGACCAAGAGGUUCCCAGGUUACGAUGCUGAGUCAAAGAACUUCAACGCUGAAGUUCACAGAAACCACAUUUUUGGCAUCCAUGUUGCUGACUAUAUGAAGUCUUUGGAGGAGGAAGAUCCUGAGGCAUUCAAGAGGCAAUUCAGCCAGUACAUCAAGUUGGGAAUCAACGCUGACCAGAUUGAAGGUAUCUACAAGAAUGCCCAUGCAGCAAUCAGGGCUAACCCUGAACACGAGAAGAAGGAGGCCGCCCCAGUGGUCACCAAGAAGAGGUGGAACAGGAGGAAGCUCACUUUGGCUGAGCGUAAGGACCGCGUUGCCCAGAAGAAGAAGAGCUACUUGGCCAAACUUACUGAGCAAGAGCCUUAGAUUUAAGUUUGACAUUGUUGUUUUAUAAUAUAAGGCAUUAUUCUGUGUAAUAUACACAGUCAUGCAAUGAUAA